AACUUCCGUGAUUGGUCGGAGCUCUGGAGGCGGGGCUUCGAGCGUGGCGCGUGGGUUUUCGGUGCUGUCGCGGCUGCAGCGGGUGGGCGGCAUGUCUGCGGCCGGUGGGGAGACUCCUGGGGAGACUCCUGGGGACACGGGGGGAGAGGGCACUACUGCUGCGGGUCGGUUCAGCUUCAGCCCGGAGCCCACGCUCGAGGACAUCCGCCGCCUCCAUGCUGAGUUUGCUGCUGAACGAGACUGGGAACAGUUCCAUCAGCCUCGGAACCUCCUCCUGGCCUUGGUCGGGGAAGUGGGGGAGCUGGCAGAACUCUUUCAGUGGAAAACCGAUGGGGAGCCUGGCCCCCAAGGCUGGUCCUCCAGGGAACGGGCUGCCCUUCAAGAGGAGCUUAGUGACGUCCUCAUCUACCUGGUGGCAUUAGCAGCCCGCUGCCAUGUGGAUCUGCCCCAAGCAGUGCUCUCCAAAAUGGACAUCAACCGGCGACGCUACCCAGUCCAUCUGGCCCGCAGCUCUUCCCGCAAGUAUACAGAAUUGCCCCACGGGACCAUCUCUGAAGACCAGGCUAUGGCGCCCGCGGACCUUCCCUGUGACUCCACGGGCCAGGCCUCAACCUAGAAAGAUGGCCAUAGGACUUCAACUCAGGGUGGUGUCUGAGGAACAUAGGGUGGCUUGGCCCUGGAGCCUUUUUCUAGUCUUUUCCGAAUAGAUCAUGGGCCUGAAGCCUCCACUUCCUGAGGUCUGAAGCUCAGCAGCCUCUAGAAGGUUGCCUCCUGAUGUUUGCUCUCCCAGUAAAGUGGUUUUUUUUUUUUUGAGACGGAGUUUCGCUCUUAUUACC